UCGUGGGGCAUAUGUUUCUCUCCAAAUAUGCAGAGAUAGAAACGUGCGAUGUUUUUAGGAGGAUGCCAUUCAACUCAUUAUUCCCAAGGGCACAAAUAAACAGUGGUUUCCAUAUUGAACUCCAGCAGAAAAACUGCAGGGGUCAGAGAGGAAACGUAGUUCACCGUGCUGCCUUCCACUUCCCCAUAGCCUAGCAACUGUUUCCAAGGCAACCACGCCGUCAACAACGCUAAGCAACCCUGCGAGAAUUAGAAGGGCUAUUUUAUUUUCUUCUCGAGAGAGAGCUGCUAAGAAGAGGUCAAAGGGGAAUUAGGUGAAAGAGAGAAACCUUACUUAUGUGAGAAGACAAAAGUAGGAAAGGAAAGGGGUAACAGUGAAGAAAGAGAGAGAUAUUGGUAUAGUGAGAAAAAAAUAUUUUUAAGCAGUCAUUUUGGUGGCCAUGGAUACAACUUGCUUUUCUGAAAGCAUUUAUAACCUCAUACCCAUUGACUGGAAGGAGCCUCCCCAGCCUCCUAGGUACAUAUCCAUUUUUAAGACAUCUGUAAAAGAGGACAUGCAAAAAAAUAAAACUGCAAUGAAGACUAUGGGACCACCAAAAGUUGAAGUACCUUCUCCAAAGGAUUUCCUGAAGAAACAUUCAAAGGAAAAAACUCUACCACCUCAAAAAAAGUUUGAUCGGAAUGAGCCCAAAAAGCCUCCCGUGCCACUGAGGACUGAGCAUCCGGUCAUGGGAAUACAGAGUGAAAAAAAUUUUAUAAAUACCAAUGCAGCCGAUGUCAUCAUGGGAGUGGCUAAAAAGCCUAAGCCAAUUUAUGUUGACAAACGAACUGGAGACAAGCACGAUCUUGAAACCUCUGGACUAGUUCCAAAAUACAUCAAUAAAAAGGAUUAUGGCGUCACACCAGAAUAUAUAUGUAAGCGAAAUGAGGAAGUUAGGAAAGCCCAAGAAGAAUAUGAUAAUUAUAUCCAGGAAAACCUUAGGAAAGCAGCUAUGAAAAGGCUGUCUGAUGAAGAAAGAGAGGCCGUUCUGCAGGGGCUGAAGAAGAACUGGGAGGAGGUGCAUAAGGAGUUUCAGUCCCUCUCGGUGUUCAUCGACUCCAUCCCAAAGAAGAUCCGCAAGCAGAAGCUGGAAGAAGAAAUGAAGCAACUGGAACAUGACAUCGGUGUCAUCGAAAAGCACAAAAUUAUUUACAUCGCCAAUAAGAAGUAAUAGAUUUA